UUACAGAUCGAGGAGAGCAUUGGAGCUUGUAGACAUUGCAAAUUGUGCGGGAAUGAAAUGACUACUACAGUACUUAAUCAAUUUCUAUCAAACAGUUUCUUGUGGAUUAUUAUGAUUUAUAAAAAUUACUUCAUCGUCUGUAUGUUCAGCAUUUUAUGUAUGAACGUAGCUCGCUGUUCACUGAUAGUAGAGAUCGAAAUGGUGUCAUUUACGAGCGACGGUCGCUUAGAUGUUAGUGGCAUCAGAUGCGACAAUGGUAGAUGUGACAAUUACUUCAAACUGUGUGUGCUAACCAGCGAUAUUCCUGAAAAUUGUAUAAAGACAGACAUCGUGCUUCGUAACAACGAUAGUUUUACGUUUCCGUCAGAGCUACCCAAUCACAACUCAUCGUUACCAUCAAUACCAAACCCAUUCGAGAUAUAUAUCCCAGAAUGGCCGACUAAAGAUGCUGAUAAAGUAAUCACUUUAGAAGUCUAUGAUUGGGAUAAGAAAGAUGAUGACCUUCUAUACAAAAACAUCACAGAUAUAAGCGAUAUUCAGCUAAUUGGAACCGAACCAACAGAACCACAAGUACGGAUUUUGGAAAACAGUAACGGGAAAAGCAGCACUAAAAUUAGUGUUCGGCUAUAUUGCGAGACUGGAUUCACGGGACCCGGAUGCUCACAAAGAGACACAGUAUGUCAUCCAAACACUUGCCUUAAUAAAGGAAAGUGUAUCGAAACCGGGGAACGGGUAAAAUGCCAUUGUGCAGGAGGUUUUACAGGAGACUGGUGUGAAACACGACUUGAUCCAUGCAAAAUUGGAAACUGUAAGCACGGAAAUUGUACACCAGGACUGAAUUCAUAUACUUGCGAGUGUUUUCAAGGUUUCACAGGUGAUGACUGCGAUCAAGAUAUUGAUGAGUGUCAGAGGCAUCCAUGUCAAUAUGAGGGGACGUGCGUUAAUCUCCAGCCCGGGUUCAAAUGUCAAUGCCCUCCCGGAAGAUCUGGCAAAUUUUGCGCACUUGAUGUGGACGAAUGCGCGAGCAAUCCGUGUUUAAACAAUGGCACAUGCAAUCACGGAAUCGACCACUUUGAAUGUGAGUGUGUCGUAGGUUUUCAAGGCGAUUUGUGCGAAAUAAACACAAAUGAAUGCGAUAACGUCCCAUGCAUGAAUAAGGGAACAUGUGUUGACAAAAUCAACGGCUAUGAAUGUGUUUGUUCACCUGGUUUUAAAGGUUUGAACUGCGAAGUAAAUAUCGACAAUUGUGCCGGUCCGACUCCAUGUCUCAACGGAGGGACGUGUGUUGAUGGCGUGGAUAUCUUUGCAUGUGUUUGUCAAGACCAAUAUUUAGGAAGACAAUGUGAAAUUGAUUCUAGUAAAAGUGGAGUACAGGUCGAUGUCAAAGAUCCCGACAAACUUGAUUUAGCUGAACUGCAGGCGAAGUUCUCCGACUUAAUCAAAGAACAUGUUCCAGGCACAGAAGACGUUGAGGUUCAGUCAUUUGUUCCAUCCAAUCAAAAUCCACAGAAUGAUUUGACACAGAUAAUUUUCGUGAUCUUUAUAAAUAAUACGCUAGUAGCAGAAAGCGAUGCAAAUAAGAUGAUCAACGCAAUACCUGAAGGAGAACGAGCGAAACUUAUCGCCGGGAAUACGAAUGUCGAUGAGGGCGCCAAGAAGACUAAUGAUGAUGAUGAUGACUUGACUUCAUCAAGCAGAAAACUUUUAGAAGGAAUGGUUUUAGGAUUAAUCGUUUUCCAAGCAAUAAUAGUCAUCCUUAUCCUUAUCAGGUGGACGAGGAGAAAAAGGUACACAAGUGUUCACAGGCAAGAGGAAACUACAGAAGAAAUUACAGAAGAAACAUCUGUCGUAUAGUUGCUGUUGUACCAUGUUUCGGUGUAAUCAUGUUAUAUUAGGAAAAUCUACGACGAGAAUCUCUUCAAUGUGAGUGUAUGAGACUUACCAGAGAGUAUACUGCAUUUAAGCAUAUCUGUACAAAUAUACAGUAAACGAACCGACUAAUUUAUGCUUGAAGAGGAGGCAUUAAACAUGUUCAAGUUGAGGGCGGUCGUAAUAUCAUGGCUUUUGCUAGCGUCCAGUGUUAAUAAAACAACAGAAAUUUGUGUUAAUAUACUUAUCUGAUAUUAUUCUUAUGAUACAACAAAUAUAGUUUUUUCACAUUGACUUUAAAAAGACUAUUGCUUAUAGAUUUGAAUUAAAACAAAUAAGAAAAUAAAUAUAAUGUACGUAAAUAUAAUUAUAUUAUCAAGCGAAAGCUACAGGAUGAUAUAUAUAUAUAAUAUAAUAUAUAAAGUACGGUGGUGUAUUAAAUGUACGUAUGUAUUGUCACCUUGAUUUUGUAAAUGAAAAGAUAGAUGUGAAUCGACUAAGGAAAACCUGAGACAAUUAAGUUACUUUUCUUAGGGAAACGCUUGAGCAUACCAUUUUCAAGAUGCUCCUGUUAGGUAAAAUGAUGUAAAUAUUUUGUGUUAUUACUAAGUCAGAGUUUAGUCAUAUUAUGAUUCACGUGUGAUGUCUGAAUGGGUUUAUGGGGUACAGCAGCUUUGAUACCCGCCGGGCAUCAUGACUCAACGUAAAGUUGUUCUUGCCUGGGAAGUCUUCAUUUAAAUCGGGUUUUUUGUAUGCAAUAAGUUAGCCAAACUUUGAGUUUCGAAUGUCGGGAAUGAUUUUCGUUAUCAGAUUCAAUUAAACGAAAAAUUAUUUCAUCUAUUUUUAUAUUAAAUAGAGUAACCUGGCGUAGAACGUGCUAGUAUUAAUUCAGACUGAUAUUAUUAGGACUUUAAAAGUUCUCUAUAUAGGCCUAUACCAUAAGAGAUAGCCCUAUUGAAAAAAAUUGCAAAGAUAAGUUGAAUGAACAUUUUUAAAUUCUCUUGUAUUUAGUGAAAUCAGUUUACUUUUUACUAUCCCGAACAUUGAAUUCAAAAUGUGUCUGUCAAUCGACUUGUCAAAAUUCAUGUCAACUGGGGUCACUGUUUGGGGUCAUAUUGUGAAGUGAAUCUAUCUCGACGAGAUAUCUUGAACUAGAAGUAGAAGUAAUUGAGUAUUAAUAAUCAAUAGGCCUAAUGCAAUUUAAUAAUAUGGGUGAAAAUGGAAUAUGUCUGUGAAGCUCUGCUAAUUACUUCACAAUUAGUAUCUCUUCUUUUAGCUGUCAACUAAUUUAAUUAAAUAAUGGUGUUAAUUUGUAACCAGGUCAUGGGAGGGACACUAAUCAAAUAGUUGGUACGGUAACCCUUACCUAUUGAUUUUAUUUCAACGAAGUUUUUAGAUGACAAUCUUUCCAGCUUGUCAAUGGCGCCCUCUAAAUAAUGUAAUCGAACAUAAUAACAUAGUAUAAUACAUACUCCAAGUAUCGAAAUGCACGCCAUCGUGUCGGGAUUCAAUAUUUCGACAUUAAUUAUGUCAUCAUCAGGAACGAACAUAAUAGAGUUACCGUGUUUAUUCAAAUAAACUUCCCCUGGACGUUUAAUUGUUAAGAGUGGUUUUUGAGGGGAGUUUAUUCCUGGGAAGCGUUUAUUUAUUUAUUUAUUUUAUGUAACAUAUACACCAAUAAACGCCCCUUAAUUUCACUGUAAACAACACAACACAAUUACCGUCAAAAUGUGUUAUUGCUCCAUGGCCAUAUAAUGAUCCCAGCUAGGUUAAAAACGUAAUGUAAUUCUACUGGAGUAGAUCAUUAAUAGAAUGUGUUGAGAAUGAUCUUGCUUCCAUUUGAUUGAUAUACAGUCAUUUAGGGGGAGUUUAUUCGAGAGAGGCUUUUUCUUUCUCCAAAUGUGGCUUAAGAGGGGGAGUUU